UCAACCAAGAUGGCUUCCCAUCAGGAGUAUAAAAUAGGUACCUAAGUGCCAUACAAUUUCCAAUUCCAACAAACCAUGGAUCAUGGAGCUUUUUUCAAGCUAUCUUUUCUAGUACUCCUCCUUGUAACUUUCGCAUCAUUUCUGUCUCCAUUUAUAGCAGAAGCAAGACAGAAACACGCACAUCCCGGCAACAACGGCCACCACCGCGUGAAGUAUUCCCCACUGCCAUCACAACCAUUAUCACCAACAACAGCACCAGUACCAGCACCUAACGGCGGCGGUACACCACCUUCACCAUCAUCUUCCCCACCGUUAUCAGUUCCAAUAUCUCCAUCUUUCCCUGAAGAUGAUGAAAUAGUAACACCACCACCACCAUUCGAUCCUUACAAUAUAGGAACGCCAGCAGUAGGUCCGCCACCAGGGUACGUAUUCCCGCCUUAUCAAACCCACGGUUGUCACUACCCUUGCACUGACUCCAACGACUGCGAUUGGCCUUGUACCGUCUGUUGCUGGAAUAACACUUGUUGCUAUGACUGGCCAGAGCUUCCCUACGAAUAAAACCUCUAAUUAACACUUGAACCGAAGAAUUGAGAACGCAAAUAAAGAACACAGAAUUUAAACGUUAUGUUUUUAUGCAAUUUCAUUUCACCGUAACCAUGCAUGAUUCAAGUGGAAAAUAAUACUACGUACGUGUUUUUGGUAUGUUUGCGUUGCUUAAAUUGUAUUUCCUCCGUCUUUUAAUACUCGCAACGUUUGUUAGUUUCACGCAUGCCAAUGCACAACUUUGAUCAUUUAUAUCUUAAAUUUUCUUUAUGCAAAAAUUAUAAAAAGUUGAUAUUUUGAAAAUAUACAUUGAGACGAAUCUAACAAGAUCCCACAUGACUAAGAAUAGUCAAAGUAGAUUAUAUGAAUAGU